AUGGUGUUUCCCUCCAGUUUAGGAAAAACGGCUGCUGGAACAUGUUUGCCAUACACAGACUGUUCUCACGGUAACGUCGCGGCGGGCCGGAUUGUGAGGGGACCCCGAAGGCCACCCACUCCCUCUUCUCCUCCUGCAGGCGUCCAUGUCCGGUACGGUCCCCUAGUCUGCAGAGCAGGAAGGACCUGGGAACGUGACGCCUGUCACCCUCGUGACUACAUCACCGCGCGGCGCAGGCGAGGGUCCCGGUCAGUCUGCAGGGGCCUCGGCCCGCGCUGGGGUCGGACGCCCAGUCUCCCGUCGGCCCGCGCGCUGGCGUCGGACGCCCAGUCUCCCGUCGGCCCGCGCUGGGGUCGGACGCCCCAUGUCCCGUCGGCCCGCGCGCUGGGGUCGGACGCCCAUUUCCCGUCUGCUCGCGCGCUGGGGUCUGACGCCCAGUCUCCCGUCGGCCCGCGCGCUGGGAUCCGAGGGGUCGGACGCACCGUGUCCCGUUGGCCGGCGCGCUGGGGUCGGACGCCCGUCUCCCAUCUGCCCGCGCGCUGGGAUCCGAGGGGUCGGACGCACCGUGUCCCGUUGGCAGGCGCGCUGGGGUCGGACGCCCAGUCUCCCAUCUGCCCGCGCGCUGGCGUCGGACGCCCAGUCUCCCGUCGGCCCGCGCUGGGGUCGGACGCCCCUUGUCCCGUCUGCCCGCGCGCUGGCGUCCGACGCCCCAUGUCCCAUCUGCCCGCGCGCUGGCGUCGGACGCCCAGUCUCCGUCUGCUCGCGCGCUGGGGUCGGACGCCCCAUGUCCCGUCGGCCCGCGCGCUGGGGUCUGACGCCCAGUCUCCCGUCGGCCCGCGCGCUGGCGUCGGACGCCCCCGCGAGUUCCACAGCUUCGAGGAAGCGCACUCCGCUGGCCAUCAUGUUGGCUCAGAAGAGGAUCCCAAGCGUCAGACUGCAACGCGGACCUGAACGACACCUGAAUGGCCGCCUCGUGCGCUCCUGAGCAGACGACCGCGUUGAGACUCCUGACGCUGGAAACUGAGAGAAGCCGCUGAGAUUGUGAUUCUACUGGGGAUGAUGAGUAAACUCUAUCAAGGAAAACGAAAGGAGACAUCAUUGCAAAAUAAUUGCAACACAAUUUUGGAAAACAGAAAACAGAAAAAUAUAUUGAUAACAGUAAAAAUAUAUUGAUAGACUGUAACCAAGAGAUGCAGAAGGCUGAAUGUUCUAGGUUCUGCAGGUCCCUGGUCUUCCCGAUAACCUCUCUGGAUCCUAGAAGUCCAGGAAGCAAUACCUUCCAAAGUUGGCUCAAAGGUUUUAAACUGAGAAAAAGAUUCUAAAAGACAGAUGUGUCUUUCCUACAACAUAAAUGGGAUAAAUGUUUAAAUUUAUUUUGCAAAUAAAUGAGAUUACCUAUUUUAGUAACCACCUUUCAGUCUUGGUUUUAUAAUACAUUUUUAGUAUAUCAAUAUAAAACAUAUGUGAAAACCUAAGUUUGUAACUGCAUGGUGCUUGAGUCUUUGCGGAGAACCAAAGCUUGCUUUUACCCAAAAGAAGUUUCAGUCUACUUGCAGAAACAAGAUACAUGUGAAAUAAUACCUAAAAAUACUACAUAUUUAAUGUGUGAUACAGUAAAAUAGUGUAGAUAUCUCAGAUUUUAUAGCAAGGGAAGAUCACUGUUGUCUGGAGAAAGAUAAUUACCUUGAGGAAUGGGUAAGAAUUAGUUACAGAAAAUGAAAAUAACCUUCCACGUGGAAAAACUGCCAUGAGCAAAGGAACAGAGCAAGUUAGGGGACACUUUCACUCUUAGACCAGAGACUUGGAUCAUACCAGUGGACUAGCUUCCAAUUUUCAAGAUGGUUUUAGAGGUAUUGUCUCAGGUGUGAUGGAGGUAGGAUGAGGUGGUGGAGGACAAGGACCCUGAAGGCAGGCAGAUAGGGUUAUUAAUCCCUCCCCCUGCAACUACAUGAUGUGGACUAGAGAAAGUCAGCUUUUAAGGCAAUAAUGCCCAAAGUGAGGGUUAAGGGAGACAGCCUGGGGAAAUCGCCUAACACGGUGCCUGGCACACAGUAGUUGCUGAAUAGGGUUUGGCUCCCUGCUUCUGCCCGCCCAUGCCAUCCUCACGAUACCCGUGUGGAGCAGCAGGAAGAAUGAAACCUCAUUUUAUGGGUAAGAAAACUGAGUCUCAAACAUGUUAACUUAUUUACGAUCAUUAAAGCAGUGGAGUAGACUGGAUCGUCUGACUCUUAGCUCAGUGACAGUGACUUUCUGUGGUGACUGAAACUUUGUAUACACACGAAGAGAAUUGUGAUGGGGGAUUCUUUUCAGUUGAGAUCAGCUGUUUGGUCUUCAUGAGGCCUCAUAAGAUGCUUUCAUUUGAGCGGCUCACCACAGGCCAGUCUGUUCUUGGAUUUUGCAGGCUCAUAACUAUGGUUUUCUGAGCACAUAGAGAGAGUCUCUUAACCUUUCAGGAACAAAUUACAUUAACUAACUUCACAAGGGAAAUUCCUUGAGAAGAAAACUCUUUCUUAAAUAUCUUGCAAACCAGUGCCCAGCAUAGGAUCUGAAACAAAACAGUGUCAAUACAUUUCAUUUGGUCAUAAGAUCAGAGUGCUAAUUUAUUGAUUUAUAAUAAAAAUAUAAAUGCCAAAAGUCUUGGAUACUUGCCCUCUUUGAAGAACAAAAAAUGAUAUAGAACCGCAUAAGACUCAGAAAGGCACUUUGUGAGCAUGCCAUUCAGAGCAAGGAACACUGCGCAGGUUCAAGUAUUUCCUGGCUUUGGGCCUGAUGAGCUAUCCCCACAAGAGAGGUGCCUGGAAUCUCCCAGUGCUUGGCCCCACACACCUUACUCUGAAGAAUGACUUUACGUGUCUCUGAUAACACGAUCUUGCACUGAUUUCCUAGUUUAAUUUUCAGAUCGCUCCUUGCUUUCAAUAUCUGUGGGGUAUUUUGCUCUCUGCCCUCAGUCUGAUGAAGUGGUUGCAGUCUUUUUACCUCUGAAGAGAACAGUGGGUGACAUGGGCUCACUAGCAUCCUCCCCUUCUCUCCUGCGCAGGGGAGAUCAGAAUGCAGCUGAGUGCCAGUGCCCCUUCAAGAUAACCUUGACUUCUCUCUAACUUACGAACCAAAGUAAAUCAUUUGCAAACUUUGAACUAUUAAUAGUAACAAAUUACUUGCAACGGAGCUCACAACAGAUUGUGACACACCAUUGGAUCUUGACCUCUGUGUCUAGUGGAGAAAAUAAGUGGUGGUUUUGAUCUCUUGAAUUUCUCAUAUUUAAGAGGACAGUAGCACACACAGAACAUACAUAAUUUUUAAUUUGACCUGCAUGACAUAGAUACAUUUUGUAUCAUGAGGAAGAUUUCUUUCCUCAAACAUAUGAAGAAAGGAAGAAUUGCAUCAACUCUUUACCAGUUGGGCAUUUUUUCUAUGCCUAGAAAAGAAUGAGGAGAGACAUAUACAUUAUUAUUUUAAAAGAUCACGAGUCUUUAGGUCGUUUAAAAAAAAAAGAAGAAAGAAAACAAGAAAAACACCAAUCUCUAUAUCCCUAGGCUCCUUAGGCUUGAAGAAGAUUAAAUAUGACCUCCAGCUUUCUUUUUUUCCAUUAAGUAAAGAACUUCUAAUUGUAACAGAAAUUUGAGCUCUUAUGAUUUAACUUUGAGCAGCAAUUUGUGUUUUCUCUUCUUCUUGUAUUUGUGGGUCAAAAGAGAGGUCAUUAGGGACUUGGAUUUCCUGUCUCAUCUUUGCUUAAAACUUUGUGGGAAAUCAGCUUUAUAAAACACUAAAGAGAGUCUUGUGCACAACUUCUGAAAAGUCCUCCAUAAUUCUUACUUAUCUAUUUCCAAGUAGACUUUUCUCCCAGGGUGUAGAUCACAAUGAAUCUUUGCAUAGAAAAGAAAUAUCACUAUAUGCAAUAUUUUAUAAUCUUUCUUUUAAUAAGAAAGGGUUACGAUUGUUUUAAUUUUUAUUUUUUUAUAACCAUUUCUUUGAAUACUGCCUGUUCCCUCUCCAUUCCCAACCCCAUUGAUAAUUCCUUAGAGAAGAAAUUUAAAUGAAUUUAUUCACCAAACUUCAUCACUCUUGGUAUCUGCGCCCUGUGCAGCUUCAGUUUUCUUUCUGAAGUGUACCAUAUUUCAUUUUGAAUAAAGAAUCAUCUUCAGCCAAGAAUGCAGACAUUAAAAUGUCUUUUCAUCUCAAGCUUGUAUUGUAAGGAUUUUGCCUAUCAAGUUGUUCAAAGCCUUCACGUUUUCUUCUUUUUCAAGGUUGAUUUGUCUUCUUCAGUGUCUGGGUGGAUUGUCUGAGAGUUGGCAUUCCCUCAUGGCUAUUCCUGACAGUUAAUGGAAUAAAAAUAUAACUUGAUGGGAUUUUCUAGGAUAAACACUGAAUAAUAGUUGUGAACAUUCCAUUAUAAGACCAAAGAAAUGUUUCUCUUUAUUGCAGGGAAAAAGAUAAUACUAGAUACUGAAAAGGCUGAGGGUUUUAAUGACAUUUUCCCUUUCACUAUAUUCCUUAUUUUCUUUUUUAAUAGAUAAGUUACUCCUGAAAUAAAGGGCAUAAAAUCAAGGAAAAAUUAAAAGAAAAAUAGAGGAAGGAUCAACAUGCAGGGGGGAAAAAACCUUCAUUCCCAGGUACUUGGGGACAAUGCUUUUCCAUAUACAAAGCCCAUUAAGGUGCUCUGUGAACAAAAGGGGGAUGCAUUCCUUAUGAAGCAGAAAAUAAGAGAAGAAUUCUGAGAUUACAGCUUCCUUUUAAGGCAGUUGUAGUCUCAGAUGACUUUUUCCUCCUCUGUUUCUAAAGAUAUUAGAAAUAUAUGACCUUAGAGUUCCAAGCCACUGCAGACGUUGUUUAACGGAACCAAUUGUGCACUUCUCCCUGGGGCUCUCCUGACAGAGACCAACACCACAACCCUGAUUUAGCCUAAGGACAGUUCUAAUUAACUUGAACAGACUUGUAGGCAGCAUCUGUGAAGACAAAAUUUAAACCGACACUAACCCUAGCCUAUCCAAACCUGGUUCUACCACCAUGGCAACUCUAUUGGAGAGGUGGGUCCUGGAAGCCAGUCACUUCCCUCUGGCUCUCAUCCUAGUCAGCCUCAUACAUCAACCACAAGGCAACAUUUCUGAUUACCAGUCCUUGUUUAUUCGGGUAUCUUUAUUCUGCUGCGGGCAUGCUCUCUCUCGACUGUUCAUGCCAUUGCUCCUAAACAUUUUUCUUUUCUGUCAUGGUAAACCUCCACUCUUUUAUAAAUAAAUUGAUAUCAUACCUCAGCUUCUUCAUGUGAUACUCGUCCCUCACAGGUUCUUAACAGAAGUCUGGGUCUCCCUCAAGGCCACUGUUUCUAUCUGUUUUGAAAGAAAACUGCUCCUUCUCCCAUACUUUCUGCCCUCGGGUCCAUAAGUGGCAGAAUGUGGCGCUCUUGAGUCCUAGAGGACUCACUUGUGACAUCAGUGAAACUCACCCACUCAGUACAAUAGGAAGUAGAAGAUGUGACAUAUUGGAAGGCACAUGCCUCAUGUAAAUAUAGUAGUUGCCUUGGAGCUAAAGAAGCUUCUGCCGUUCAAGCCCAUAAGCAAACAAACGUUUGCCAGAUCUUCCGAUUUUUUAAAAGAAGCCAGUAAUUCAGGUUUUAUUAGUGAUAUCUCUCUAUUUUAAGUAUUGACAACAAAUUUAAAAUGUCUAAACAAUAUGGAAUAAAUAAAAUUCAUCUCUAGACUGGACAUGGGUUGUAGACUACAAGUUUGAAAGCUUUUUUCUACCCUUUGUAUUCACCAAACUCUUCCUUUUUAGGGGCUAUGAAAUCUAGCUUUAUGAACUUCAUCGAAUUUAAUCUUGACCUGUGGAAUGACCAUGUAACUCAGCCUGCAGAUUUUUAUUCCAUAGAACUUAGUCUUUCCUCUGCAUGCCAUUCCCUUCCAUCUGUAGCUGGGAUUGAAAAUUUUUUUCUGUAAAAAGCCUAAUAGUAAAUAUUUUUUACUUUGGGGGCCAUAAGGUAUGUCACAGCAACUAAACUAUGCCAUUAUAGCAUGAAAGUAGUCAUAGACAAUAUCCAAAUUAGUGAGUAUAGUUGUGUUCCAAUAAAACUUUAUUGGGACUUUUUUAAAAGCAGGUGGUAGGCUGAAUUUGGCCAGUGGGUCACCCAUAGUUUGCUGACCCUUGACCUCAAAAAUGAAGAACGAGUUCCUUAGCGUGGAAUGUAAGACCCUACAUGAUUUGUCUCCUGUCUGCUUUCCCAGCUUUAUCUCUUAUUCCUUUCCCUGUGAUUUAACCAGCUGUGAUAAUAAAUCACAAUUAUCAUUUAUUCAGCACUUUAUAUAUGCCAGUUACUGUUCUAAACCUUUACCUAUAUUAAAUUUUGUAAAUGACAAAAAAGUAAAUAAAAAGAGGUACAAUAUAGCCACCUUCACUUUAUAGAUGACUGAGUUGAGGCAUAGAGAGAUUAAUUGAUUUGCCUAGGGUCACACAGACAAUAUAGUAGAAGAGCUAGGAUUUGAAUCUAGACAGUCUGGUUUCAGUGGACUUGCUCUUCACUGCAAUAUCAUCCAGGCUUUCUGAGGUCUUCUCCAAAUCCUUGUAAUGGGAAAGACUGUACCAUGCUAUUCUGUGCAUAACGUUCCCUUUAUCCAAUACUCCCCUUUCUACUUCUGCCUGAAAAAACUAGAUCAAGUGUUUCCUCUUUUGGCAUGUCUUCCAUUACAUCACACUUCCACACUGAUAGGGUUUAGAUGCUUCCUAUUCUGGACUUAAUAGCUAUUUCUGAAUGUACUGAUUAAUGCACUUAAAAAACAAUCAGCAAUUGUCUACUUUUGAAAUUAGUGAUUUCUUUCAGAUCAGGGUUUAUCAAUCUUUACGUAGCUCCUGAAACAGUAGGUGCUCAAUAGUUGCUUGCUGAAUUGAAUUCAAACGUUAAUUUAUCAUAGAGUUUACACUAUUUCUGAUUUAUCCAUCAGUCCUUUUUUUGGUGGAAGGGAUGGUUAGAGUCUUGGUUUUAUUUGCUUCAGAAACAGAUCUUGAGACGGAUUCAUGCUCAAGUAGUUUAUUUGGGAAGGGAAGAAAACAGUGGUAGAAGAAUGGGGAAGUGAGACAACAAAAGAAAGGCAGCCAACGAAGUGAACAUUAUCAAGGCACCUCCCGCUGUGGUCCACGAGAGCUUAAUCCUACUGGGGAAACCCUGAAAGUCAGUGCAGAGCAUUCACCUCAAAGUUGUUCUACCUGAGGAAUAAGGUUGCCAGGGCAUUUGUGCACCAAUUCCUUUCAUUAACUGGUUAUAGGCUACUGCUGGGGAAGUUAAUUCCCAAACACAGCCAGAAUGCUGCACUGGGGGCCAAGCAGACUUUGUUAGUUUGCGCAAGCCUGCAGGCAAAACGUGCAGGUGUUGGAAGCUGCCAGUCCAGCUAGUGUGUGCUAAAGUGUGAAUGCUGGUACCUAGGAACAGAGUGCCCACAGCACCUGCUCCAGGUUCCCUCUAGAUUUCUGAGACUGAUUGUAAGGUGA